UUGACAGCACAACAAAAAUACGCACGUGUGGUGGUUAGGUUUUUGGAUACUCUAUUAAAUUAUAACAUUAGCUUGAAAUAAAUAAAUAUCUUUAGUGACUUUUACAAUUUAAUAAAAUUAAAAUGUCGUCGUGGAGAAAGGCUGCCAAAGCAAAUCAGAAAACCCACAAAGAGAGACACCAGCCAGAGUCCAGGAAACACCUUGGGCUGUUAGAAAAGAAAAAAGAUUACAAGAAAAGGGCUGAAGACUAUCAUGAAAAAGGACAGACCCUCAAGCUUUUGCGGAAGCGCACACUUGAUAAAAAUCCUGAUGAGUUUUAUUAUCACAUGAUAAACUCCAGAGUAAAAGGUGGUAUCCAUCAUGAAUUGGAAAAAGAUGACGAAUAUACCCCAGAACAGGUGAAAUUGAUGCAAACACAAGAUAUUAAGUACAUCAAUAUGAAGAGAACUAUUGAAAGCAGGCGAAUUAAUAGAUUACAGUCCCACUUGCAUAUGACCGAGAUAGCAGAUUCAACCCCAAACACCCACAUUUUCUAUGUGGAUGAGGGAGAAGAGAAGACAUUUGAUGUUGCCAAGAGGCUCGACACCCAUCCUUCACUACUGGGCAGAAAAUCGAACAGACCUAGACUGUCUGAUUUAAACAAACUGGCUUUACCAAAUGUUGAUCCAAAAACAGUGGAAAGCAUAAAGAAAAAGAAAGAAAGAACUUAUAAAGAGAUAACCAAAAGGAUAGAGAGAGAAAAGGAACUUACAUUGAUUCAGAGGAAAAUGGAAAUGAAACGCCAUCUCCAGGAUGCUAAAAUACUUAAGCCAAAGAAAAUCAAGAAGGGAACCAAGGUCUCUGCACCUGUAUAUGAAUUUCCUUAUAUCAGAAAAAAAUAAAAAUACAUGUUUGUUUUGUAUAUAUUUAUCUUUUAAUUGUAAUAAAUAUUUUUCAGUUUUUAUAAAUUGACAAUGCACAAAUUUCAAACACUUUGUAAUCAUAACAGUUAUUUUAAAAUAUGUCCAAUCAGUACAAUCAUAUUAAUAUUCUUGUUAAACCUAAUUUGAUAGUCAUUCCUUAAAACACUGGAAGUUAUCCUUCGUUCAGUCUUCAUAAUGUUUUAUGAUCCUAAUUUACAUAAAAAUAUGCACAUACCAAUGGUUCUGCUAUAAUUCAGCGCAUUGUUACGCUGUUUCAAAGAUAUUAUUUGUACAAUUAUAUUAAAACUAAGGCGGUAACUUUAAGGUAACCUAGCAGAGUAAAUGUCUUUGGUGGACUUAAAUCUAAGAUCACAAAUUAGCUUGAGCGUCGGUCACCACAACACACACUUGUGUUCGGGGUUCAUGGGUGAUCCGAGCGGGCACUGCCACGCGUCGGCGAACUCCUUGGAGUUGCUCAGAGUGCCUAUCACUCUGAUUUUGUUGGGACUGUGCACGCCUUCCACCAUUUUGGAUUUGAGCGCGCCAACAGUCGAGUUCCCGCACCAUAUCUUAAACGAAACGUAUUAUUUAUUAGAGACAUAAAAAAUGCAUAUAAGAUAUUUUAUAGAAUACUAGUACGUGUUCGCGACUUCGUCUGCAUGUAAAAAUUUAGUUUUAGUACGAAGACCUGCGUGGUUGAUUCUCCCUUUCGACAUGGACAGGCUGGUGAUGGUGAUACCUGCGCGAAUCUCAUGAAUACUCUAGAGUAUUCAUGAGAUACUCUAGAGUAUUCAUGAGCCUACUUACUGCUGAAGCAUAGUUUUCCUAUGAUCCAACUUGUUAUUAGGCUUGUUGAUAACGUUACCUACGUGAAUCCUAGGAAGCACAGCCCAAGCAGCAUCACAAGCUGUAUAACAGCUCUGUUAAAGUUCGUUUAUACUCUUAAUGCUGUAUCUCUUGGCCGCAUCAAGGCUGUAUAAGCGCUUAUACAGCCCUUAUACCCCUGAAAUAGGCACAAAUUAUACAGCGUUUUGCGUUAUAUUAGCUGUACAGUAGCUGUAUAAGCAUAAAAUAGGCUGCAUAAUAGCUGUUUUGCGGCUGUACUAUGGUGUUCGAGGAAGGAAUUCAAUACACUCCAAUUACUACCUUGUAACUCACUUGUUAAGCUUUACGUUGUAAAAAGUCUGUUGAACAGAGUUACAAAAGAAUUAAAACGAAAUAGAAGAUAUAUUGUAAUGAUGGCGUUUAUAAUCACUAUUGAUCAAAGUGACAUUUAUUAUAACGCUUUGUGUUUAAUGAUUUGGAGAUUCGAUAGGCGCAGGAUACAGUGCAUUAUCGUGCAAAAAUAAAUUUAUUGUGGACAUAUAUAUGUUUUGUGAUAAAAAAUAAACGCGCCAGCAAAAUAACCAGGGAAGAGAUAUUAAAUAAGGUUAUUAAAUAUGGUUUUUAUAGGUUAGAAUUUAAAAAUGUUUGAAUUAAUGGACGUAGAGCCUCAUUGGUGCAUAGUAGGUUAUUGGACAAACUGAAAAUAUUGAUAAACAUAAAAACAUUAGUCUAAUUUUUAUGUACUCAUGUUCGUAAUCUUCGAUUUGUAAUUGAUACAAUGGCGACAAUUUGCUAAGCAGCCUAAAUUCUAUUUUGAUGGUAUUAUAGCAUUAGUAGCUGUACUAUGUAGGUAAUGGAUACUAGUAUUCAGCUUUUAGCGGUUGAUGGGCUGUAUAAACGAAUAAAUUUACUAUUAAUGUUGCAUUGCAGUGUUUCGAACAUAACCUGUAACUCUUUCUAGGGAUACGUAAUAUUAAGUGAAAAACCAAAAUGCACUGAGAGAUCACAUCACGUUUUCGAAAAUAAAGUAUUAAAGUUAUUUUUUAGAAAUUUCAAAGCAAUUAUUGUAGAUUUGCGUCGUAGAAUUUGUAAAGAAAUAAAUAAAGUGAUUCUCAUAGUUCAUUACUUAAGUGAAAGAAAAGUAGUAGCAUUACUUAAGUGAAUUGCAAUCUUUUUAUAUUUAUGCAUAAUGAUUUACUUAUAUUCUACUGUUUCAAUUCUAUUCCCUUUAAUGUAAGCUCCCGCAGGAGAAUCGCAUAUAAAACAUCUUAUUCCUAUAGAUACUUUACUCUUGAUUUGUUCAACGUACAUUUCAUUUUUAAUUAGGUUGGCAAUUUCGUUUAAAAAUUCAUUUAAAUAUUCGUCAAUUUGCUUUAGUUUUCCAACACCAAAAUAAAUACCAAUCACCAACGGUUCUACAUCAGGUCUUUCAAAUAUAGUACAUAAAAUCGGCCAAAACUCUUUAUUAGAACUAUUAAAUAUUGGAAGACCGUCAAAAUUGAAAUUCAAACAAAUUUUACUCGGAACGUCAACCCAUUUUUCUAAUAUAUUUUUUAAAGAUUUAGUUAGGCCGUUAUGCCAAUAUUCACCUCCUUGAAUCGGUUUGAUUUGUAUUUGCUUUGCAGUACCUAAAAUUGUUCUGGCAUUGCAUGGUAAAAUUCCUGGAAAUCUUAAGUUUAUGAUAGUAGCUAAAUCAUUCAUAUUCACUUUCGCCGUCACUUGAACUGCUGCAUGAUAAAAUGUCAUCAGUUGCAGAAGGUAAAGCUAAUCUACACCUGAUAUAACUAUGAUCAUUCACAAUAUUUUCUACGGAACCCCUUUUAUUAGAUGUCGACAGUAUUGACGCUUGACUGUAGGUGAUCUGAUCUGUUGCAAUAUCUCCAUGUGCCUCGGCAGUAAUUUCAUUUUGUUGAUAAUUUGUAAUAUUUAAAUAUUUCAAUCUUUCUUCUAAUAGCACCAAAUCUUUUUCGCUUUUCCACAUAUUUAUAAAACAAUCACAAAAAACAGCAUACAAUGCACAAUAAUUCAAAAUGGCGACUCUGUCACUUAUACAGAUUAAGGCUGUACUAUAGGUGCCAUUUAUUUUUAUUGCUGUUUAUUACUCUCAAAGACAGAAAUUAGACAGCUAUCGUCUGUAAAAGGGUGUACAAUUACACCAAAAAAAGAAGCUGUAGAAGAGAGUUUGCCUACUUCAUAAUACAGAAAUAAGAUUUGAGGACCACCAUAAUACAGCUCUAAGCUGUAUUAAGUAAGUGAGGGUAUGCAAAAUGCAGCUAUUGUACAGCUUUAAUACUAAAAUGAGAUUAAAGCGUUACAGGAAAUUUAAAGCUGUACAUGACAGUUAUCAUACACUGAUUUAGAACUUUAAGCGUACUUUGACUCCUUAAUACAGACUUAAUACAGUUAGAGCUGAAUAAUUACUCCUAGACCGACAUUAUAACACUAUAAU